GAAACGACGCGACCCCUGGCCAGAGCGAGAGAGCGAGCCCAGGGCGCGCGGCGGUUACCGUCGAGACGUCGCCCCUCCUCGCCGUUAAAUAACGCGCCGCGGGGCCGGGGCAGACGCCGCACGCAACGCAACGAAGCGCCAAAUCCGACCGCCCAGGCUCUCGCAGGACUCGCGCGCUGCUGCUCCCACGGUCGCCGUCGCCCCCGCCGGCGGUGGUUGCCGUUUCUCGCCAUGUACCCGAAGCAGGUGGAGGAGGGUGCGGCCCCGCUGCGGGCCCAGUCGCCGCCGGCCACGGGCUUCCCGAUGAACGGCGGGGGAGGGUACUACCAGGCGGGCGGCGCCACCGCGGCGCUGGCGGUGCAGGCGAAGGCGCCCGUCGCCGCGUGGUCCACCGGCCUCUGCAACUGCUUCGACGAUUGCGGCAACUGCUGCGUGACGUGCCUGUGCCCGUGCAUCACGUUCGGGCAGAUCGCGGAGAUCAUCGACCGGGGGUCGACGUCGUGCGGCACCAGCGGGGCGCUGUACGCGCUCAUCAUGCUGCUCACGGGGUGCCAGUGCGUCUUCUCCUGCUUCUACCGCGCCAAGAUGCGCGCCCAGUACGGCCUCCGGGAGAGCCCCUGCGCCGACUGCUGCGUCCACUGCUUCUGCGAGUGCUGCGCCCUCUGCCAGGAGUACCGCGAGCUCAAGAAGCGGGGGUUCGACAUGAAGCUAGGAUGGCACGCGAACAUGGAGAGGCAGGGGCGCACCGCCGCCACCAUGCCGCCGCAGAUGCACCCCGGGAUGACCCGCUGACGAUGCCGCCGCCUGCCUCUGCGGCGGAUACCAAAUGCUAUACAUCCCUAGCUCCUUGGGCUGUUGCUGCUGAGCGCCCGUGUAAUUAAGAUAUGUGGCCUCCUAUGAGCUUGUCAUGCGAAGGAAAAUUCUCUGUUUGGUAGCUCUGAAGAUCUGGUCUUUUAGCUGGCGUGAUGGGAACUGAUGCACGUUGCAUCGACUCAAAUGUACUCACCCAUUGGAAAACGUAGAGUUGCUUCUCGCUUGCACCCCUA